GGGGGAGACCCUUGGUCACCCAACAGUAGAGGAACGUCACGGCUAACAACCCAUCUCGUUCUGCGAGACAGUCCACUAGAGAUGAUUCGAGGAAUAUGGAUUCGGAAUGGGUCCACGAUAGGUUCGAAGAAAGCCAUUCCAACAACCGGCCUCGAAACCCCCGCCGCCGCUCCCCGGGUCCCUCAUCACGUGACGAUGUCCGUGGCGCCAAGAUCAAGGUCGAGAACCUGCACUGGGAUCUUAGCAAGACAGACCUGGAGGGUCUCUUCGGCCGGAUCGGACCUCUCGUCAAGGUCGAACUCAUCUACGACCGUGCUGGACGCUCGGAAGGGCUUGCCUACAUCACCUACGAAGAAUACCAGGAUGCCAAGGAGGCCGUCCGGGAAUUUGACGGUGCGAAUGCCAAGGGUCAGCCCAUUCGAUUGAGCAUUAUGCCAUCCGGCCCUCGACGCAACCCCUUUGAUACGGCCCAGUUGCCCGGACGCUCUCUAGCUGACAGAAUCACUGCUCCUGGUGGCCGGUCUCGUUCGUACUCGCCAGAGGUUGAUCGCGGCAUCGAUCGUUAUGUGCCUGCUGGUGGGAGAAGAUCGCGCAGUCCCAUCUCUCGAGGGCGCAGGGGUGGAAGACGACCAGGCCAACGACGUGAAGGAGGUCCCCAGAACCCGAGAGAAGGCGGCGAUGGCGGCGAGCGAAAGGGACGUCAAGGGAAGCCAAGGAAGACUCAGGAAGAACUUGAUGCUGAAAUGGCCGACUACUUUGGCACUGGAAACGAUGCCCCUGCGGCACAGGCUUCCGAAACCCCGGCCGGCGGCGACGACGUGGACAUGAUCGAGUAGAUAUUGUAGGGCACAUUCCGAUGAGAUACAUGGGCGGCACGGUGGAUCACAUGGUGGACAAAUCGCUUCAGAUCGCAGGAGUGGCUCAAAAACGAGAAAAGAGUGCAGAACAUAGAAUGACAGACCUCUUUUGCGCCGACCACAUAUUCAAGACCGCGCGUUCACCCAUGGUUACGUCAAACCUCUGAAAAGGGUCCGUUAUCUGGGGCUUGGGUCGGCAACAACCAUGAAACUCGACGUCUUGAUCUAUGCCCACACGGACUAGACUUCCCGCGACUACAAACCAUGAACUCCGAUUCGCAGGAAAUUUUCAUCCUCGUCAAUCCUCUUUCGAAUAUCGCCGUUCUUCAGCUCGUCCAAGUCCCACUCUGACCAUACAUAUCUGCCAUGCAAGAAUCUAGCC